AUGGCCUGCUACGACAUCUGCCGUCCCUGCGGACCCACCCCGCUGGCCAACAGCUGCAACGAGCCCUGUGCCCUGCAAUGCCAGGAUUCCCGUGUUGUUAUCCAGCCUUCUCCCGUGCUGGUGACCCUGCCAGGACCCAUCAUGACCUCCUUCCCACAGAACACCGCUGUUGGAUCCACCUCCUCGGCUGCCGUGGGCACUGAACUCAGUGUGCAGGGACAGCCCAUCUCUGGGGGAUUUGGUGGCUUUGGUGGCCUGGGCUGCUAUGGCAGAAGGGGCCGCUACAACUGCUAA